UAUCAUAUGCAUCGACUUUUUAUGCGAACUAUCUGUUUAUUCCCAAACAAAUCAAAGAUCUAGUUCAAUCCCAACCAAAUAAUCGUUUAACUCCAUGGCAGAAAAGCGAAGUAAGGAAAUUGGUGUGAUUUCUAAGGGAUAUCUUCUCUUGUAUAACAUCGUGCAAACUCUUGGGUGGUCGUACCUUCUCAUAAUCUGUUGUCAACAUUUUAUUUCACAAAAUGCUGUAACGUCCAAAGGAUUGUAUCCCAAAGUUGAGCUGAUGUUGAAGGUUUUUCAAACAGCAGCAAUAUUAGAGAUCAUUCAUUGUGCAAUUGGUAUUGUGCCAUCAUCGGCAAUGACAACAGGAAUGCAAGUCUUUUCUCGGCUAUGCACAGUCUGGUUGUUCACAGUCCCAGACAAAGAGGUUCAAAAUAAUACGAGUAUUUUGAUGUAUUUGACAGCAUGGACCAUCACAGAGAUUAUUCGAUACUCAUUUUAUGCUUGUAGUUUGGUCAAUUAUUUGCCAUAUUUCUUGCAAUGGUGUAGGUACACGUUCUUCAUAAUUUUGUAUCCAAUUGGCGUUACGGGUGAAAUGCUUACGGUCAUCGCUGCCAUACCGUUUGUCAAGAAGACUGGUAUCUACUCCAUGUCUCUGCCAAAUGCAAUGAACAUCUCGUUUUCGUUCUUAUAUUUUCUUUAUUUUUGUCUUCUCAUAUAUUUGCCAGCCUUUCUAAUGCUGUAUCUCUACAUGUUUCGUCAAAGAAAGAAGGUCCUUGGAUCAAGCAGACUGACCUCGACAAAAGUUGACUAAUAUUGCAUACACAUUACAUUCCUUUCUUUUGAGUUUGAUAUCUUUUAUUGAAAAUUAGUUCUUAUAAGUAAAAACGGUUUUAAAAACCUCGAAGCGAUUUAAAGUAAAUUAUACAUUAUCAGACACUAUUAUACAUGAUUUUAAUGCUUUCCGUCAUGUUGCCAUGGGAACAGUGACGUCUCAACCCUGCGUGAGGCGAAAUUUUGUUGUGUGUUCGGGGCGCAGGCGAACGUUUUGCUUGUGAUAAAUGGCGCGAUUGCGCCCUGGGGCGGGUUGUUCAUAGCUAGGUUAGCGUUAACCCUGGGUUAAAUUUAACUCAGCUCUUUUGGUUUAUAUGCUUCUGCACUGCUGUUUGUUUCAAUACUUGGCAAAAUAAGACUUUUAUUCAUCCACAAAAUAUUUAUGAGAGAACAUGUUCAACUGCAUAACCGAGCGAUUAAAAAUACUGAUGUAAAAAUUUGAGUUGACCCUGGGUUAAGCUAACCCGCUUUUGAACAACCCGCCCCUGCUGAAGUCUAAAGGCUGCAUUCCACUUACGCGUUUUUCAUACGCACGUACACGCACGUAAAAGUCUGAAUCCUUAUACAUGUUACCUUUGAA